AUGAAGUAUCUCACUUUGAUACUCAUUCUCGCUGCCGUAACUUUUGCUUAUGCUAUGUCACCUCGGCUGCAAAGUAGAUCCGACAUCACGAAUUCUCGGCUGCAAUUUAAACCUGCCACCACAAAUUCUCGGCUACAAGGUAGAUCUAAUACCACAUAUCUUGAAGCAAGGAAGCUUAAUGGCAAAUAUGCUGGAUUAUCUCUAUUGGCAAACGCUAGUGCCUGCGCCGAUCCAACAUACGUUCCGUGUCCAAAUAUCAAUGGAUGUUGUCCUCCAGGCGUGAAAUGCUUAUCUGACGGCCACUGCAACAUUCCAUGCACUAUUGUCGAUAUACCUUGUGGUACUAAGGGUUGCUGCCCCCCUGACCACGUUUGCACACCUGACCUUCAUUGUACUCCUGGUACUCCUGGUACUCCUCCACCCGUGUGCGACACUGGAUAUUUUCCAUGUCAAGAUAAGCAAGGUGGAUGUUGUCCUGAUGGCACGCAAU